AGCUACCUCGUGUUCAGGCUGGCCUCAGCAGUCCCUGAGCCGCAGCCGUCGACUCCGCAGUUUGGGGGCGUAGCAGCCUCUCCCCGACCCCACGCCCCCUCGUGCACCGCGGGGCAGCGGGCCGGCCGAGGAGCCUGGCGGGGCGCACGGACGGACACCGCCUCGCGCAUGCUCGGUGCGGCGCGCAGCUCUUGGCAGAGGAGAGGGUUGCUCCGCCGCGGCGUCCGGGGUCUGCAGCAGGGUCGGUGCGCCGCUGCUGCUUGCAGUCGUCCUCCUCGGCAGUUCGCGGGCGCUCUUCCGCUCCCCGAGGCCCCGGCGGCUCCUGCGCGCCCCUAUCUGGCCCCCUGCCCCGCGAAGAUGGCUGCCGUACGCCGGGCCCGUAGUUACUGCCGCUGCCUGGUGCGCUUCUCUGACCGAGAACUCUGCUAA